GUCGCCGUCCGGGAAUCUGUCAAGUUGUUUCGUGCGGAUUUGUCGGCGUGUUUAUUGAUUUAUCGGGACAGUUUGGGUCCGUUUUUUUGGGUGGAAAUUCCUCAAGACAGACCAGCAAGUGGGAGUCAAGUGGAGUCUGGGCCUCCUUAGCGCAUCACCAGAGCCCCGUCGAGACCAUUCCAAGCCCGCGCCAUCCGCUUCUCUCUCUCUUUCUCCAUUCUUCUUCGCCCUGCCAACAGUUCCGGAAGUGGCAACAAUGUCGUCCUCAGCGAGCCAGCCAGGUCAGCAGGCCCAGAAACAGCAAUUCUCACUCGUGCCCAAGAUUAUCAAUGGCGGGAUUGCGGGAAUUAUUGGGGUGUCGUGCGUCUUUCCGCUGGAUCUGGUGAAGACGCGCCUGCAGAAUCAACAGGUGGGCCCCAAUGGGGAGCGAAUGUACAAAUCAAUGUUUGAUUGCUUCAAGAAGACGUACAAGGCGGAGGGUUACUUUGGGAUGUACAGAGGCAGUGCUGUGAAUAUUCUGCUCAUCACGCCGGAGAAGGCCAUCAAGUUGGCCGCCAAUGACUUCUUCCGUCACCACUUGACCACCAAAGCCGGUGAGUUGCCAGUGACGCGCCAGAUGGCGGCCGGCGGUCUGGCCGGGCUGUGUCAGAUCAUCAUCACCACGCCGAUGGAGCUGCUGAAGAUCCAGAUGCAGGACGCCGGGCGUGUGGCGGCGCAGGCGAAGCUGGCCGGCAAGACGGUGCCCAAGACGUCGGCCACGAAGCUGGCGCUGGAUCUGCUGCGGGAGAAGGGCAUCAUGGGCUUGUACAAGGGCAUUGGCGCCACAAUGCUGCGCGACGUGUCCUUCUCCAUCGUGUACUUCCCGCUCUUCGCCACGCUGAACGAUCUCGGGCCGCGGAAGGCGGACGGAUCGGGAGAGGCGGUGUUCUGGUGCUCCUUCCUCUCGGGAUGCGCCGCCGGCUCCAUGGCGGCGCUGGUCGUGAAUCCCUUCGAUGUGGUCAAGACGAGACUUCAGGCGCUGAAGAAGGCCGAAGGCGAAGUGGCAUUUAAUGGCAUCAGCGAUGCUAUAAUGAAAACCUUCCGGAACGAGGGUGUGACGGCGUUCUUCAAGGGCGGCCUGUGCCGAAUGAUUGUCAUCGCGCCACUCUUUGGCAUCGCCCAGAUGGUUUACUUCCUGGGCGUGGCUGAAGCCAUUCUCGGGAUCGACAGGAAGCAUUAGGAAGUCACGGAGGAGUGCGUGAAAGCCACAGGUCAAAUACUCCGGCAAUUAAGAAAGAGGAACAACUGAUCAAUUAUUGAGGCCACAAAUCAACUCACUGACUGUGAGACAGUCUUCUCAAGACGACGGUGGGAUGUUGACAAUAAAAUGUUUAAUAUUGAAUAAGGUGUAAAUGACCGGAGACUUUCAGUCAUAAUGAUAUCAAUACAGAGUCUCUCAUAUAAAAUAGUUGCUAAAAAUCACUUUUAAAAAAACACACAUUGUAAAUGUCUGAAAACUUCUUUUUUUCUGUUCAGUUUUUUUUUUCUUCUUUUGUUAUAAAUUUAAGUAGAAUUUGUAAUUUAUUUGCCGAACUGAUAGAAUGUAUUAAAAUGAGAGUUGGAAAUCAGUGGAUAGAAGAAAAUGUUGAUAGGAAAAUCUUAUAUGUUCAUGAGAAAAUACAAAUAACUGUCUUAAUCACAA